GCCGCAGUGAAUGCACAACAAUUGCUUUAUUUUCGUGAGUUCAAUUUCAGUCUUCUUCAUUGUUCCUCAGCAUCCUGUAACGAGUUAGGAGCAUGCAUCGUUUUUCGUUCGUGGGUUUCGUAUUCGGAGUAUUUGCAUUUUUGUGCCUUGUUUAUCCUGUUAAAUGUGGGUUCAUAACUAAGGUCGGUCCUCAGCCAAUAUGGAACGCAACCUUCACAGACAAACUCAGACAGGACCUCCUCCUGAACUAUGAUAAAUUUGCAAGACCAACCCAGCACUUCAACACAACUCUAGUUCGGUUUGGACUCAGCUUGAGACACUUUGAAGUGAACGAAUUCAAGUCACAGUUGACAGUUUACACUUGGGUUCGUAUGAUGUGGAUCGAUGAAAAAUUAAAAUGGAAUCCCAAAGAUUACGGUAAUCUUCAGCUUGUUCAUUUGGCCGAUCACGAAAUUUGGCAGCCAGAUCUAUUUCUUUAUAACAGUGCCGUUUCCUCAGCCGUAGGUCACUACGCCAAUACCCACUUCUUGGUUUACCCAAAUGGCGAGGUACUGUGGGUGCCUCCUUGUCAGUUCACAGUAUUAUGCAAUUUGAACUUGAAAUAUUGGCCGUUUGAUGUUCAGACCUGUACAUUAAAAUUCGGCUCUUGGACCUACAGUGGGGACCUCAUUGAUCUUGAGCUAUAUGGUAAUAGUACAGAAAUCGAGGAUGACUUGAUGAUUGACAGUACAGAAUGGGAUCUUGUGAGUACUAGCAUGGAAAAAAACAUUAUCUAUUACACAUGUUGCGAGGAACCCUACCCUUACAUUUUAGGGAAUAUUACAAUUUCCAGAAGGUCACCAUCCUACAAAGCAGUGAUUGUGACUCCAGCCUUUGCAAUUCUCAUACUAAUUCUAUCUUCAUUUUGGCUACCACCGAACGCUGGAGAGAAGCUGAUUUUGAAUGGAUGUGUAGCUUUGAUCAUAUGUAUGUUCCUGCUAUAUUUCACUCAAAAAAUUCCUGCCAUGGGUUCACAUAUUCCUCUCAUAGUGUUAUUCUACAGCAAUUGCCUUUAUGUCUCAUCUUGUACUAUUAUUGGAUCAAUAGUAGUGAUUUGGAUAUCUAGAACAAAACACAGUAGUCCGUUACCAUGGGUUAUCAAAAAACCAUUGACAGGAACACUUGGCAAAUGGCUGGGACUUACCAUUUAUAUUAAUCAGUCCACCUUAAUUCAUAGAGUGACAGCUGAAGAAAUGAGAGAUCAUCACGUGACUGACUUAGAUGACCAUAAUAGCGUUGACGAUCAUAUUUUCAAACCUUCUAUGAAACCUUCUGUACAGCAGGAUUGGGUGUUAUUGGCUGCAGCAGUUGAUCGGAUAUCCUUCUGUUUAUACUGUUUAGUUUCAUUCAUUAUGGCUGUGGUAUAUUCAUUGUAAUUGAAUAGGAAAAUCAGCAUUCAUUGGUAUUUCAUUUGAGAUAUUAAUUCCAAUAAGUAAGGAUUGUAUUUUAUUAUAAUGAAAGCACUUUUUUUAAUAUAAAAGGAAAGAAUUACUGAAA